CUAGCAAAGAUGAACUAUGCCAAGAAGUCUCUGGGCCUGCUCUCCCCAAGGUCUCUUUCUAAGUGUGUCUCUGCCAGUGCGUCCAUGACGCAACAGCUGCUAGCCACCCCUACUCCCCGCGCCCGGCCUUACCGGGUGAGCAACUGGGAACGCACCGUGCGCAAGGGUAUUAUGGCCGACAGCUUGGAGGACCUGCUUGAGAAAGUGCGCUGUGCGCUGCUCUUGGAGGGCACCAUAUCAAUUGUCAUAGAUGAGGAUGGCACCAGCGUGGAGACAGAAGAGUUCUUCCAGACGCUAGAGGAGAGCACCGUGUUGCUAGUGUUAACCAAGGGUCAGCUCUGGCGGCCAGCCAAGACUGCAGGCUACCAGCUGUCAUUAUCCCACAAGCCCCGGCACAGGAUCGAUGUGGCGUGUGUAACCUUUGACCUCUACAAGACCAAUCCUCAGGAUUUCAUUGGUUGCUUGAACGUCAAAGCCACCCUCUAUGGCACAUACAGUAUGUCCUAUGAUAUGCGGUGCUUUGGAGCCAAAAGGAUGAUGAAGGAAGCUCUACGCUGGACACUCUUCACUAUGCAAGCGACGGGCCAUGUGCUGCUUGGCACUUCCUGUUACAUGCAGCAGUUGUUGGAUGCCAGUGAAGAGCAGAAAGAGGAAGUCUCGUCGGUUCUGCGCAGCCUCCAGUUUCCUCUCACCAGGAAGAUGCUGAAGUGAAGGAGGUUCCCUCC